ACAAACAAUCAAGUCAAACAUAACAUUUAAAAGUAGAAGGAUUCAAAUAUUAGACAUUUUUCGAAGAGCCUUCCUGGAUGAUUAAAAUCUUGCAUGAAAAAUUGAAAACUCACUUCUCUUACCAUUCCAAAAUUCUCAAAAAAAAAACAAAAACUCAAUCAAGAUGAAUUUUCAAACGUGUCUCAUGGUCAUCCUCAUCAACCUUUCCGCCGCCGUAACAGCGCAGAACUACGGCUGUUUCGGCGGCAACUAUACUUCAAACUCCACAUACGCCACCAACCUCAACUCCCUCAUUUCUUCUCUCCCACCAAACAUCAACGACAACGGCUUCCUCAACGCCACCGCCGGCCAAACACCGGACCGCGCCUACGCCACCGCGCUCUGCCGAACCGACUUCCAGAAAGAGUCGUGCCGCAGCUGCAUCCGAGAAGCCGCCGACGAGCUUCUCCGGUCACUCUGCCCCAACCGGAGACAAGGAAUCCUUUUCAAACUCAUAUGCACGCUGCGCUACUCCGACGAGUCCUUAUCCGGCGGCGCCGGAGCUGAAUCGUACACCAUCUAUUCUAGGAGCGGCCAGGCACGGUUUCCUGAGCAGUUCAACCAGAAGCUGCGGGCGCUGCUGAGGGGGCUUCGUGAACAGGCGGCCGCGGGCGGCCCGUUGAUGAAGAUAGCGGCGGGGAAUGAGACGGCGCCGGAUUAUCAGACGGUGUUCGCAUUGGUGCAGUGCACGCCUGAUCUUUCGGAGAUGGGUUGCACCACUUGUUUGAUCAGCUCCGAGCAAUUUAUCUGUUGCGAAAACAACACGGGGGCGGUUGUGUAUAGGCCCGGCUGUUAUCUUCAAUUUGGCGUCGCACCCUUUUACAAUUUAAGUCGGAUUGAGGAAGUGCGAGCGAUGAUAUUGCCCCUGCCUCCUCCGGUGCCGGCGCCACCGCUACCGUCAUCUCCAGGCAAUGGUGAUAGUAAUACCACUCGAACUGUGAUCAUCAUUCUUGUUCCAAUUGUCGCAUCUCUGCUUAUAGCUGCUUGUGUUGGCAAUUACAUCAGAAAGAGAUUGAAGACGAAGACAGAGCACAUAAUAUUAGAAAAUGACGAGGAGGAUGUAAGCGGAGAAGAAUCCCUUAUAUACAAUUUCAAAGAACUUGCAGCUGCCACAGACAAUUUCUCCGAUAGUAACAAACUUGGACAAGGAGGAUUUGGUGCAGUUUAUAAGGGAGAACUUCAAAGUGGACAACAAAUUGCAGUGAAAAGAUUGUCAAGGAAUUCAGGGCAAGGAGAAUUGGAGUUUAAGAACGAAGUGGUGUUAAUGGCGAAGCUUCAACACAGAAAUUUGGUAAGGUUGUUGGGAUUCUCACUACAAGGAACAGAGAGGCUUCUCGUAUAUGAAUUUGUCCAUAAUGGGAGCCUAGAUUGCUUUAUUUUUGAUCCCGUGAAACGUUUGCUUAUUGAUUGGGAGAGUCGGUACAAAAUCAUAAAGGGCAUCGCCAAGGGACUUGUUUAUCUUCACGAAGAUUCUCCUCAACGUAUAAUUCAUCGUGAUCUCAAGGCUAGCAACAUACUCUUAGACACAGACAACAACCCUAAAAUCUCCGAUUUCGGUAUGGCAAGAUUGUUUGAACAAGAUGAAACAGGAGGAAAUACAGGCAGAAUUGUUGGAACCUAUGGAUACAUGGCACCUGAAUAUGCACAGAACGGGAAUUUCUCGAUUAAAUCAGACGUCUUUAGCUUUGGAGUGUUGAUGCUGGAGAUUAUCAGCGGACAGAGUAACAACUCUUUCAAGAAUGUGGAAAAUGGAGAGAACGUAGAAUACAUGCUUAGUUUCGCAUGGAGGAAUUGGUGCGCGGGAAGAGGGAAGAAGAUGAUUGAUCCUGCGUUGAUGUCUACUUCGGGCUCGUUGCGUGAUAUGCUGAAAUGCAUUCAUAUCGGUUUGAUGUGCGUUCAACAAAAUACAAGUGAUAGGCCAACAAUGGCUUCGGUUGUGGUCAUGCUUCAUAGCUUCUCUGUCACUUUUCCGGUGCCUUCGCAGCCAGCAUAUUUCGUACCUGGGGGCGUAGAGGAGAUGAGUAGAUCUUUAGCGAUUAAACCUACUGAGAUUUCCAAAAAUGAAGCUUCCAUCACUGAGUUAUAUCCACGUUAAACAUGCGCUUUGAUGUUUUAUUUAUACAACACAUACUUGUAUAUGCAUUAAUCACCGUGUUCGCAAUUGUUUCACAUAUCUUACAACUUUCAUGCAUUUACUAGUUUGUAACUUCGUGCAAUUUCGACGAAAUAUCACACUACAUUAUAAUUUAUUAGUAGAUAAUAUAAAAAUCAAUUUAAACA